GGCCGGGGUGUGACGUCAGGAGCUGUCCCCGGUGCUGAAGCAAGAUGGCCGCCCGCUAGUCACCGGGGCGGUGGCGGGAGCGGCGGCGGCGAGCGCCCCCCGCGCCCCCGGCGCCGCCACCGGGACCAUGUCGCUGCUCUGCGUCAGAGUUAAAAAGGCCAAGUUCGACGGACCCCAAGAGAAGUUUAACACUUACGUGACACUGAAGGUGCAAAAUGUCAAGAGCACAACCAUCGCCGUGCGGGGCAACCUGCCCUCCUGGGAGCAGGACUUCAUGUUUGAGAUCAACCGGCUUGACCUGGGCCUGACGGUGGAGGUGUGGAACAAGGGUCUCAUCUGGGACACCAUGGUGGGGACGGUGUGGAUCCCCCUCCGGACCAUCCGUCAGUCCAACGAGGAGGGCCCUGGGGAAUGGCUCACACUCGACUCCCAGGUCAUUAUGACUGACAAUGAGAUUUCGGGCACCAAGGACCCUACUUUCCACCGUAUCCUCCUUGACACCCGCUUCGAGCUGCCGCUGGAUAUCCCUGAGGAGGAGGCCAGAUACUGGGCCAAGAAGCUAGAGCAGCUCAAUGCCAUGCGGGACCAGGAUGAUUAUGCCUUCCAGGAGGAGCAGGAAAAGCCUCUGCCUGUUCACAGCUCCCAGUGCUGCAACUGGAAUUAUUUUGGCUGGGGAGAACAGCAGAAUGAUGACCCUGACAGCACGGUGGAUGACCGGGACAGCGAUUACCGCAGCGAGACUAGCAACAGCAUCCCACCGCCAUACUACACCACCUCCCAGCCCAACGCCUCUGUCCAUCAGUACCCCAUGAGGCACCAGCAGCAGAGCUCCCGUGACUCCUACACCGACUCCAUGCAGAGCUAUGAGAUGGACUACUCAGACCAGCGCCCCAUCAGCCCCACAGGGAGCAGCCGCUACGCCUCAUCGGCCGAGCUGAGCCAGGGCAGCUCCCAGCUGAGUGAGGACUUCGAGAACGAGAGCCUGCGGGACUCGGAGCUGGAUGAGCGGGACGGCGACUCCUACCACUCCUGCCACAGCUCUGUCAGCUACCGCAAGGACUCGCCUCGCUGGGAGGAGGAGGAUGAUGAUCUUUAUCUGGAGGAGGAGGAAGAGGAGGAGGAAGAAUUCAAUGAGGACUACAGCGAGAAUGAGGAAGGCUACCCCAAGGAGGAGGAGGAGGACCUGCGGGAGCAGGGCACCUACGAAACCCCUGAGCACGAUGCCUACCCCCCACCGCAGAAACCCCCUGGGCAGCAGCAGCAACAGGUCCCACAGCAGCAACUGCAGCAACCUCAGCUGAUCCCACAGCUGAAGCCACAGCAGCAGGAGAGGAAGGAGGAGAGAAAGGAGGAAAGGAAGGAGGAAAAGGACACCUCUGCCCCCCUGGAAACUCCAGAGACCCUCCAGGCCCAGCGGGGAGCAGACGAAGCUCCCCUGCCAGAGGCAGCCCCCACACCUGAGCCCCCGAUACCGGCUGAGAGGGAGCAGGCGGAGGUGGAGGUGCAGGACCCCAAAGCACGAGCCAAAGCCAACUGGCUGAGAGUCUUCAACAAGGUCUGCAUGCAGCUGCAGGAGGCCCGCGGGGAAGGUGACGGAGAAGCUAAGUCGCUCUGGUUCAAAGGCGGGCCUGGUGGUGGGCUGAUUAUUAUAGACAGCAUGCCGGACAUACGCAAGCGAAAACCCAUCCCCCUAGUUAGUGAUUUGGCAAUGUCCCUGGUCCAGUCCAGGAAAGCGGGAAUCACGUCUGCGCUGGCCUCGAGCACCUUGAACAAUGAGGAGCUGAAAAACCAUGUUUACAAGAAGACCCUGCAAGCCUUAGUGUAUCCCAUCUCCUGCACAACGCCCCACAACUUUGAGGUGUGGACGGCCACCACUCCCACCUACUGCUACGAGUGCGAGGGGCUGCUCUGGGGCAUCGCCCGGCAGGGCAUGCGCUGCGCCGAGUGCGGCGUCAAGUGUCAUGAGAAGUGCCAGGACCUGCUCAAUGCCGACUGCCUGCAGAGGGCGGCAGAGAAGAGCUCCAAGCACGGAGCGGAGGACCGUACUCAGAAUAUCAUCAUGGUGCUCAAGGACCGCAUGAAGAUCCGGGAACGUAACAAGCCGGAGAUAUUUGAGCUGAUCCAGGAGGUGUUUGGGGUCACCAAGACCACGCACACACAGCAAAUGAAGGCAGUGAAGCAGAGUGUCCUGGAUGGCACCUCCAAAUGGUCAGCCAAGAUCAGCAUCACUGUCGUUUGUGCCCAGGGCCUACAAGCAAAGGAUAAGACGGGUUCCAGUGACCCGUAUGUCACUGUCCAGGUUGGGAAAACAAAGAAAAGGACUAAAACUAUCUAUGGCAAUCUCAACCCGGUCUGGGAGGAGAAUUUCCAUUUUGAGUGCCAUAACUCCUCCGACCGCAUCAAGGUCCGUGUCUGGGAUGAAGAUGAUGACAUCAAGUCCCGUGUCAAGCAGCGAUUCAAGAGGGAGUCUGAUGAUUUCCUGGGCCAGACGAUCAUCGAGGUCCGGACCCUGAGUGGGGAGAUGGACGUCUGGUACAACCUCGACAAGCGGACAGACAAGUCAGCCGUGUCGGGAGCCAUCCGGCUGCACAUCAGUGUGGAGAUCAAAGGCGAGGAGAAGGUGGCUCCCUACCACGUACAGUACACCUGCCUGCACGAGAACCUGUUCCACUUUGUGACGGAUUUGCAAAACAAUGGGGUGGUGAAGAUCCCCGAUGCCAAGGGGGACGAUGCCUGGAAGGUGUACUUUGACGAGACAGCACAGGAGAUUGUGGAUGAGUUUGCCAUGCGCUAUGGGGUAGAGUCCAUCUACCAGGCCAUGACGCAUUUUGCCUGCCUUUCCUCCAAAUACAUGUGCCCAGGCGUGCCGGCAGUGAUGAGUACCCUGCUAGCCAACAUCAACGCCUACUAUGCCCACACCACGGCUUCUGCCAAUGUCUCGGCCUCUGACCGCUUUGCUGCUUCCAAUUUCGGGAAGGAGCGGUUCGUCAAACUCCUUGACCAGCUGCACAACUCGCUGCGGAUCGACCUGUCCAUGUACCGGAACAACUUCCCUGCCAGCAGUCCCGAGAGGCUGCAGGAUCUCAAGUCCACGGUGGAUUUGCUGACCAGCAUCACCUUCUUUCGGAUGAAGGUCCAGGAGCUGCAGAGCCCCCCACGAGCCAGCCAGGUGGUGAAGGACUGUGUGAAAGCCUGCCUCAACUCUACCUAUGAGUACAUCUUCAACAACUGUCACGAGCUGUACAGUCGCGAGUACCAGACAGACCCGACUAAGAAAGGCGAGGUGCCCCCCGAGGAGCAGGGCCCCAGCAUCAAAAACCUGGACUUCUGGUCCAAGCUCAUCACCCUGAUAGUCUCCAUUAUCGAGGAGGACAAGAAUUCCUACACACCCUGCCUGAACCAGUUCCCCCAGGAACUGAAUGUAGGGAAGAUCAGUGCUGAGGUGAUGUGGAACCUCUUUGCUCAGGACAUGAAGUACGCGAUGGAGGAGCACGACAAGCACCGUCUGUGCAAGAGCGCGGACUACAUGAACCUGCACUUCAAGGUGAAGUGGCUGUACAACGAGUAUGUCACGGAGCUGCCCUCCUUCAAGAGCCGCGUGCCCGAGUACCCUGCCUGGUUUGAGCCCUUUGUUAUCCAGUGGCUGGAUGAGAACGAAGAGGUGUCGCGGGAUUUCCUGCAUGGAGCACUGGAGCGGGACAAAAAGGAUGGGUUCCAGCAGACGUCAGAGCACGCUCUCUUCUCCUGCUCCGUGGUGGAUGUCUUCUCCCAGCUCAACCAGAGCUUUGAGAUCAUCAAGAAGCUUGAGUGCCCUGACCCCCAGAUUGUUGGGCACUACAUGCGAAGGUUUGCUAAGACCAUCAGCAAUGUGCUACUCCAGUAUGCUGAGAUCAUCUCCAAGGAUUUCGCCUCGUACUGCUCCAAGGAGAAGGAGAAAGUGCCCUGCAUCCUUAUGAACAACGUCCAGCAGCUCCGCGUCCAGCUUGAGAAGAUGUUUGAAGCCAUGGGUGGGAAGGAGCUGGAUACAGAAGCCAGUGAUAUCCUCAAGGAACUGCAGGUGAAACUCAACAAUGUCCUGGAUGAGCUGAGCCGAGUUUUUGCCACCAGUUUCCAACCGCACAUUGAGGAGUGCGUGAAGCAGAUGGGUGACAUCCUGGGCCAGGUGAAAGGCACUGGCAAUGUCCCUGCCAGCACCUGCAGUAGUGUUGCACAGGAUGCUGACAACGUCCUGCAGCCCAUCAUGGACCUCCUGGACAGCAACCUGACGCUCUUUGCCAAGAUCUGUGAGAAGACGGUGCUGAAGCGGGUGCUGAAGGAGCUCUGGAAGCUGGUGAUGAACACAAUGGAGAAGACCAUUGUCCUGCCCCCACUCACUGAUCAGACGGGCACGCAGAUGAUUUUCAAUGCAGCCAAGGAGCUGGGGCAGCUCUCCAAGCUGAAGGACCACAUGGUGCGGGAGGAGGCCAAGAGCCUGACCCCGAAGCAAUGUGCAGUGGUGGAGCUGGCGCUGGACACCAUCAAGCAAUACUUUCAUGCCGGUGGCGUGGGGCUAAAGAAGACGUUCCUGGAGAAGAGCCCUGACCUGCAGUCGCUGCGCUAUGCUCUGUCCCUCUACACCCAGGCCACUGACCUCCUCAUCAAAACAUUUGUGCAGACCCAGGCUUCACAGGUUCAUGGUGGGAAAGGCAUUAGGUUUACCCUUAGUGAAGAAAUUUAUCCUGAGAAGGGCUCUGGUGUGGAUGACCCUGUUGGGGAGGUGUCCAUCCAUGUGGAGCUCUUCACCCACCCUGGCACUGGAGAACACAAAGUCACUGUCAAAGUGGUGGCUGCAAAUGAUCUCAAGUGGCAGACAUCGGGCAUCUUCCGGCCCUUCAUUGAGGUCAACAUCAUCGGGCCCCACCUCAGUGACAAGAAGAGGAAAUUCGCCACCAAAUCCAAAAACAACAGCUGGGCCCCCAAGUACAAUGAGAGUUUCCAGUUCACGCUGGGGACGGAGACGGGCCCCGAGUGCUACGAGCUGCAGGUGUGUGUGAAGGAUUACUGCUUCGCCCGGGAGGACCGGACAGUGGGCAUUGCUGUCCUGCAGCUCCGCGAUAUCCUGCAGCGACCCGGCUGUGCCUGCUGGCUGCCCCUGGGCCGCCGAAUCCACAUGGAUGACACCGGCCUCACCGUCCUCCGCAUCCUUUCGCAACGCAACAAUGAUGAGGUGGCCAAGGAGUUCGUCAAGCUCAAGUCGGACACACGCUCGGCUGAGGAGGGCAGUAAUUAAAACCCUCCCACCCCCCAGCCCUCUCCCCCUGCUCUUGGCCCCUUUUCUACAGCAGGCUCCAGCCAUGUACAAGCCAUAAGAGCAGCCACAAGAGGAGUCUCCUUCCUGGCCCUGGUGUGGGUGAGGGGACAAUGUGGCUGCAGUGACAGACCCACUGCUGUCCCUCCCUUGGCCAGACUGGCUGGGAGACAGCAGUGCAGAGCACAGCCAUUCCCCCGUCCCACCCCAACGAGAAGGUGCUGGGGCUGGUGGGGCUGCAGGGAAGGGCUGGACCCCAGACUGGGUGAUGGGACAGAUCUUCGCAGCCUGUCUGAGAUGGAAGAACCCCAGCGGCCCCUCCCCCACCCUACCUUGUCCUACCCAGUCCCAAGCUCCAUUGAGCAACACAAGGAAAGGGCUGGGGGCAGGGAGAGUGGUGUUUCAACCUGGGGGUGUUGGUGAGGGGCUGGCACAGCAUGAUGGCCCUUUGUCCCCAUCUCUCGAGUGUCACCUGGCACCCUGAGGGACAGGGAGGCUCCCACCUGCUGAAGACCCUGUACAUAUGUAAAUAGCUGUACAUACAUGGGGCAGCUGGACCAUGCGGCUGUGUCCUGCACCUGGAAGGGCUAUUGGGGCUGCUGGCUUGUGGGGCACAGCCUCUGCAUGCCCCACACAGGGUCCUCUCCCUGGCUGGCAGCAGCGUCACUGGGGCCGGGAGUGGCAGGGAGCAGCCCCCGGCCCGUAUCCUGUCUUCCCUGCCUUGCUGCCACAAUGGGCUGCCCCACUGCUGUCCCCAGGGUGCCAGGACUUGGGGACGAGGGCUGAUGGCACUAGAGCAGAGGGACCUGUCUCCCUUUGUUCUGGUCAGUGGGGACCAGCUAUCCCUGUGCAGUGCAGCCGCGCUCAUGGGACCUCCUUGGCGCAAGCAAGACCCUUCCCACCCCCCAACCCAGAGACCCCUCCACCCCACUUUCCCAUUAACUACCAUUUCUGCGUGAUCAGUGGUGUGCGCGUCUUGUGUGAGUGUCCGGGAGGCCAGGGUGUGCGGUGUCGGGGAUGACCACCCCAGCUGGCCAGCAUGCCCAAGAACCGGGGAAGACAGAGGCCUGAUGACCCCACAAAUCAAUAUACCUCUCUCAGCCCCCUCCCCAUCCCAAAGCAGGGUACCCUGACGGGCCCCCAUGGUCCUUUCUCCAUAGGGUUUGCCUGGGACCAAAGGGUUUAGCUUUCCUCUCCUUUCUGUUCAAUGUUUACACCCCUUUUCUAACCACUGUUCCUGCACGGCCAGGCUGGGGCUCAGCCGACCGUGGUGCCCCUGCCCCCGUGCCCCCUCCCCAAACUGUCCUGUUUGGCAUGUGAUUGAACUGACCAAUUCUGCUCCUGUAGCACAUGUGUCACCGAUGCCUGUGUGUCUGUACAACCCCCGUGCGGCACUGCCGGUGGUGGCUACCAUGGAUGCAUGACAGUGAGAUGUUUUGCACUAUUUUGAAUUUUUUGGGCUCUGUAAAAAUAUUUUAUUAUAACUGACAUUAAAAAGCACACCCUUC